AUGCAAACUCGUAAAAACGAAAAAUAUUCCCUUAGCCUCAGUCUGACUUCAGAUCAUAGAGAAAAUGAUUUCAUAGGGCAUAGGGCUCAUAGGAGAGUAUCAGUCAUCCAUGCACCGAACCAGUUUGGUGCAGGGAGUGCAUCGAUCGGCGGAACUGACAUCCGUUUGGGAGCUGGGGGUAGGACUGGGGAGAGUGCUGGUGCUGGUUCUGGUGCUGGUGCUGGUUCUGGUGCUGGUGCUGGUGCUGGUGCUGGUUGUACUAUAAGAAUAUCUUUGGGAAGAAGGGAUGGGACUCCAUACGCGGAUCAUCAACUCGAGCACGAUUCCAUUGAGGAACGAGACCUUGAUUCAUGGUCGCACGGACCUCGGCGGCUGCAGAAAGAAGAAAUGGCGAGAUGA